AUGUGGAGCCGUAGUGCUUCAUUCGCUGCAGUUGUGGGGACAUGCCUAUUGUUGUCGGUUCAUGAUGUUCUUGCGAUAUCAAAGCUCUCUGCUGUAGGCUCGAAAUUUUUCAAUGAAGAGGGACAGCAGUUUUUCGUCAAGGGAAUUGCGUACCAGCUCACUCCUAAAGACCCCCUUGUGGACUCGGAACAGUGCAAACUAGACUCUUCCUUGAUGAAGGAGCUUGGUGCGAACGCUAUCCGAGUCUAUCAUGUUGAUCCCGAAGGAGAUCAUGAAGAGUGCAUGAAGACGUUCGCAGAUGCAGGGAUAUACCUAUUUGUUGACUUGGACGACUUUCCAACCCAAAUCGAAGGGAAAUCCCCUAUUUGGAGUCAAAGGCAAUUCGACGCGUUCAAAUUAACCCUGGAUGAAUUUCAGAAGUACGACAACACAGCCGGAGUCUUCGUGGGAAAUGAGGUUCUCACCACAGCAAAUGAUUCCAUCGCAGCUCCGUAUAUUCUAUCUGCAACUCGAGAUAUCAAGGCCUAUCGUGAUUCCAAGAACUAUCGGAAGAUACCGGUCGGUUAUUCCGCUGCUGAUAUUGCAGAGCUGCGCCCUAUGUUGCAGAACUAUCUGGUUUGUCGGGAAGAUGAAUCUGAAAGAUUAGACUUUUUUGCUCUCAACGCUUACGAAUGGUGUGGUAAAUCAACAUUUGAAGUUUCUGGCUAUAGCAACUUGAAUGACCAAGCAGAGGGCUACCCCGUUCCGAUUUUCUUUUCCGAAACUGGUUGCAAUACCGUCCGACCACGCGAGUUCGAGGAUCUCAAUGCUAUCCUUGGGCCAGAGAUGACAGGGACGUGGUCUGGCGCGAUGGUGUACGAGUGGAUAGAGGAGCUGAAUAAUUAUGGCCUGGUUACAUACGGGAAGCCGCCCAAAGGUGACAAGUCUAAUCCGUCAGCUCUCGACGGUUUCUCCCGCCGUGGUACUCCCACCCCUAUUAAACCAGACUUUACAAAUUUGAAAUCCCGUUUCGCCUCUCUGUCCCCCACUGGUGUUGAGCUGUCAGACUAUUCCCGUCAGGUAUCAAAGAUUACAGCCCCGCCCUGCCCCAGUUCAACUCCUCAUUCAUGGGACGUCGAUCCUAGCGCUGAUCUACCGUCCAUCGGGCAAUCUGGUGUUGGCCAGACGAAUCCAACUUCUACCAGAGGGGAAGCCAGUGGGGAAGCCAGUGGGAAAGCCAGUGCUACUCCGUCUAGUUCCAGUGCUGGGAAUCGGCAGAUGCCAAUCCUAGGAUUCGUGAUCGGAAGUAACUCCUUAUAUGCUGUGAUAUGUUUGUUAGUCAUCAGUGGACAUAAUGGCUGGAGGAUGUAG